CACAGACAGCAAAGCUUGCAGAUCAUCCAAUCAACUUCUCACACGGCCUCAUACAGAUCUACAGGGACACCGAGCACCAGAGAACAAGAGAUUACAUUUAAUCUCACCAGGGGUACCAUGGUUCGAACAUUGAACAAUAUGAAGGAGCUGAGAGGUUCUAGGUUUGGUCGUCCCUCACCCAGGCACGGACUCAAGCUCCUUUUCUGGUUCGCCAAAGAUCACAUCGUCAUCGAAAAUGGCAACCCGACGGUUACAAAUUGCGACCCCAAAAAGGGAGACUUUGGAUUCCAUUACUUCCAGAACAGACGUGAGUGUGAAAACAACAAGAGGCUGCUUCCUUGUAGUGAGUACCCAUUCUAUGAGGUGGGCAACCUCUACCUCCUAACAUCUAAAUCCUUGCCUAAAUAUGUCAGUAAGGGCAACACUCAUCAGAUAGAUGCCAGCAACAUGGACCGCCUCAUCAUCAGUAUGCGUCCAGACAUGAUAGUGGAUAAGGUCUAUGUGACCCAACACGAAGACCUGAAGAGCUUCAACCCGGUCAACACCUAUUGCAUCAGCAGGGAGUUGCUCAUGAACAUACGUCGCCAUUCAUUGACAAACUUCCUGGAACAGGCGGGCUAUAACACCCAUGAGUCUGGGGAUACCAGGAUUGAUAUGGAAGGUGGAUCCAGAGCUCCACCCAGAGCUCCACCCAGAGCUCCACCCAGAGCUGCACCAGGCUUCUGGGAAAGCUACUGUACCAUACUGUAACCAGGCUUCUGGGAAAGCUACUCUACCAUACUGUAACCAGGCUUCUGGGAAAGCUACUGUACCAUACUGUAACCAGACUUCUGGGAAAGCUACUGUACCAUACUGUAACCAGGCUUCUGGGAAAGCUACUGUACCAUACUGUAACCAGGCUUCUGGGAAAGCUACUGUACCAUACUGUAACCAGGCUUCUGGGAAAGCUACUGUACCAUACUGUAACCAGGCUUCUGGGAAAGCUACUGUACCAUACUGUAACCAGGCUUCUGGGAAAGCUACUGUACCAUACUGUAACCAGGCUUCUGGGAAAGCUACUGUACCAUACUGUAACCAGGCUUCUGGGAAAGCUACUCUACCAUACUGUAGAUCAGUGUCCUUUAGUCCUGGU